GUGAGUGCACAGAGGCGGCUGCGAAAACCAAACCUGGGGUUUAUUUCCAAAAGAGAGAGAGAGAAGAAAAGAACACUUGUACACACUAUUCUGACCUCAGCAGCAGCAGCAGCAGGGAGAAGAUGGAGCAGCUGAGUGAGAUGGAGUGCGGAGUGCUGAAGCGGCUGCUGAAGGAGGACGGGACGGCGAGGUGCCUGCUGCUGGACUGCCGCUCCUUCCUGGCGUUCAGCGCCGGACACAUCCGGAGCGCAGUGAACGUUCGGUGCAACACGAUUGUGCGCAGGAGAGCGAAGGGUUCUGUAUCUCUGGACCAGAUCCUGGCUGGGGAUGAGGAGGUGAAGUGCAGACUGAUCUCGGGCCUGUACUCGGCUGUCAUCCUGUACGAUGAGCGCACUCCGGAUGCGGCUGAGCUCAGAGAGGACAGCACCAUCGCACUGGUGUUUAACGCCCUGGGCAGAGACUCCUUCAGCACAGAGGUCUAUCUGCUCAAAGGAGGCUACGAGCGGUUUUUCUCGCAGUAUCCGGAUUACUGUGUAAAGAGCAACUCUCUGGCGAUGCCUGCGGCUCAGAGCAGCACCGAGACGAGCUGUAGCUCCUGCACAACCCCACAACACGACCAGGGUGGACCUGUGGAGAUCCUUCCCUUCCUGUUUCUCGGCAGUGCCUUUCACGCAUCUAAAAAGGACAUGUUGGACGGCAUGGGCAUCUCUGCCUUGCUCAAUGUGUCUUCAAAUUGUCCAAAUCACUUUGAAGGAGCCUACCAGUAUAAGUGCAUCCCAGUGGAGGACAACCACAAGGAGGACAUCAGUUCCUGGUUCAGUGAAGCCAUCGAUUUUAUAGACUCGGUGAAAGACUCCAACGGCCGUGUCCUUGUUCACUGCCAAGCAGGGAUUUCACGCUCAGCCACCAUUUGUCUGGCGUACCUGAUGAAGAAGAAACGUGUGUGCCUGGACGAGGCUUUCGAGUUUGUCAAACAGCGGCGCAGCAUCAUCUCACCCAACUUCAGCUUCAUGGGCCAGCUGCUGCAGUUUGAGUCACAGGUGCUGGCCACGUCGUGCUCAGUGGAGGCAGCCAGCCCGUCAGCCACUCUGGGCUCCAAGUCUUCCCCAUCAACAACCUCACCCUUCAUCUUCAGCUUCCCCAUGGGACCACACGGGCAGCCCAGUAGCCUCUCCUACUUACAGAGUCCUAUCACCACCUCACCCAGCUGCUGAUAAAAUGCUCAGGCUCCAAAUGGUGAAAACUUUUAGACUGUUGUAAACAGAGGACACUGAUGUGGACAACUAGACGUUUGAUUGGUGGCUGCUUGGCUGGAAGUGGACCUCCAGUAAUCAGUAGUGAACUUGACAAAGAUGAGAUGAGUAUCACAACGAAUGUUCAUCUGUGAGGGCAACACAUCUCGGGUUCUUCCAAAGCCCUGCUGUGUGGUUUGUUAUGGUGGGUUGAAUGAAAGCUGUGGGGGUAGGAACAUGCAUCCCCCUCUCCCCACGGUCUCACUUCCUGACAAAGAGCAGUAGGCCCUUCAGCUCUGGCAGGUGCUGCACACUGUGUCCGGGACUGUUGGCUAUCUAUUAACAUCCUCCUUUUCUGUCAGAAAGAAAAUGACUGAGCUUGUCCAGCACAGACUGAACCUGCUCAUAGUCAGGGGCUUCAUGCAGCACGUCUCAUUUGUAUUUUAUUUUAUUUUUUUGUCAGUGCCUUGUACAGAGAAGGUACAGUACACAGACGGGCCUGUCUUGGCAACUGCAUCCCGCACAUCACCUUCCCUGCGGGAUCAGAUCUUCGAAGGCAGAUGGACAGGCAACCCUUGACUAAAAUGUUUCGACUUGCAAUACGUCUUCAUCUCUCAACUGAAACCGAGCAAUAACAUCUCCCUGCCUCUUCCCAGUUGCCACCAAAGCACUGAUGUGUUUCAGAUGUCCAUCAGACUGUACAAUCAUGCUCUUGAUGUCUUGGUUUCUGUCUCUAAUAAUUUGUACAGUAGCAGGCCUGGCAAUUUUUUCCUGCUGUAUGCGUUGCAGAUAAAAGGCUAUGGAAUUCUCCAGAACAGAACGUUCUCAUUUAAAAAAAAAAAAAAAUUUUGGUACAGGUUUGUUUUGCAAAGGGUACACAUUUCUCUAGGUCACUUUUGAUAGGUCUAACCACUGUAACCUUUAUUUCUGAUGUAAACGUGGUUCCGUUUGUAGCUAUACCUGCGGCACUGUAUGACUGCAUUGGAUAAAUAUAUACCAAGUGUGAAGACCGAUGCUUACAGUCUUCUGAAUGUUUGUUUAUAAAUCAGACACACUGCUCUAACUCCAACUUUGAAUUCUUCAGCGAGCCUUGAAGAGUAGAGUUCAUCUCAACACUGAAUUGGGGUUUAAUUGUUUCAUUUUUCCUGACACACGUGGGCACCUUUUUUUUUUUUUAAAGAGCACUUUUAGGUGAUGCAAUACGCUGAGGUUUUGUUUUGCACAUGACCAGAGUAGAUACAAACAGCUGAAUACUGCGCGUUUGUUACGCCCGUUAGAGCUUUACUUUGUGUCCAUGUAAAUUCCAUGGUCCGCCACAUCACCACUGAUGAAUGCAAUACUUUUUACUGUAUAUGUCAA